AUGGCUACUUCAGUUUCACCAAGAUCGCUGGCUUCAGUGCCCGAAUUCACUAGCUCACCCCCCUCCUCCUCACGACCAUCCCUAUCCCUCGAUAUCGCCAACAUGCCCUCACUCUCCCAACCAACACCACCCUCCAACACCCUCCUAAUCACCAAUCUCCACGAUCUACUCGUCUUCCAACCCCCAGCACUGGAAGAAAUCCGCAACCAAAUCACCGCCGUGGCACCUCUAAACUCCUUCUCUCCACUCCCCUCAAUGCGUCGCAUCGUGUGCUCCUUCCACAACGAGUCCGACGCCACCGCCGUACGCAAACUCCUGGACGGCAAGCGCCUGCUAAACCGCGACGUCCACCCCCGGAUCUACUUCGGCGAGCCGACUGCAAUCCUAGACGGCGGCCGACCAAAGCUCCUCGAAGCCCCGCAAGUCUCCAAGAUGUUCUUUAUCUCACCGCCGCCCAGCCCGCCGCACGGAUGGGUCGUGCGCAACGAGGACCCGCCCAACAAGGAAGUCCACGCUACGGAUCUGGCUCACGCGCUGUCCCAGCUGAAUACGGACCAGACGCAGCCUGAGACUUCUGCAGCCGACCCCGCGACCCCGGUCUCUAUCUCUUCUGAUAAGCGCACGUCCAGCUGGCCGCUUGCGGGCUCCCAGCAGCGUAGCAGGAGCAGUACUAUCAUCUACAACCCCGAGGACCAUGGCAAUAGUCCCAAUCUGCCAGCGGUCAUGGUUGAGGAUAUGACGAUGGAUGUUGAAGAUGUGGAUAUGGAUUCUGAGAUGAGCCCGAUUGAGAUGUCGGUUAACCACAUGCCGCCUAAGACUUCUCGUCCGCCGCUUGAGUUGAUGGAGUAG